GAAAGCAUUGAGCUCAUUGAGUAGCGGACAGUUGCAGUGAGUAUCACCAUCAGUACCACAACGGCACGCCAAGCCCCGGUGCUCAGACCGACCGACCUCCACACAGAAAAUCCGCCACAGUCAUUCCCUGCCAGCCAUGAAACAGACUCUGCUCGAGCUGAUGAGGAUGAGCAGAAUAUGCCGGAUGGUACUCGCCACUUGUUUGGGAUCUUUUAUUCUGGUCAUCUUUUAUUUCCAAAGUAUGUUCCAACCAGUCAUGCGGAGGAACCAGUUUGCGGCGGACGUGUGCUGUAGGAAAGGUUCCCGCAACGCACUGCAGGAACUCUACAACCCCACACAGUCUGAGUUUUCCAGUGCCGCCAUCCUCCACCAGGGGAGGAGAGACCGUGUAGCUGAGUCAUGUCGGGCCCACAGUGCAUCCAGCCGCAAGCGCAGGGUCCUGACCCCCGGUGACCUCAAACACCUGGUGGUGGAUGAGGAGCAUGAGCUCAUCUACUGCUAUGUCCCCAAAGUGGCCUGCACCAACUGGAAACGCGUCAUGAUGGUCCUCACGGGACGCGGCAAGUACAGUGACCCUAUGGAGAUCCCUUCCAACGAGGCCCACGUCCCGUCCAACCUGAAAUAUCUGAACCAGUACAGCAUCGCUGAGAUCAACCACCGCCUCAAGAGCUACCUCAAGUUCCUGUUCGUCCGGGAGCCCUUCGAGAGGCUCGUCUCCGCUUACCGCAACAAGUUCACCCUCAAGUACAACUCCUCCUUCCACCGUCGCUUCGGCACCAAGAUCGUCCGCCGCUACCGCAAGGACGCCACGCAGGAGGCGCUGCUCAACGGCGCCGACGUCAAGUUCCGGGAGUUCGCCGAGUAUCUUGUCGACCCGGCCACCCAACGCGACGGCCCGCUCAACGAGCACUGGCAGACGGUGUACCAGCUGUGCCACCCCUGUCACAUCCACUAUGACCUGGUGGGCAAGUACGAAACCCUGGAGGAAGACGCCAACUACGUUCUGCGGCUGGCGGGGGUGGGCGAGUCGCUGCGCUUCCCGACCUACGCCAAGUCCACCCGCACCACAGACAGCAUGACGGCCCAGUUCUUCAGCAACAUCAGCUCCCAGCAGCACAGCCAGCUCUUCCAGCUGUAUAAACUGGACUUCCUCAUGUUCAACUACUCCACGCCAAGCUAUCUGCGACUGGACUAACGACUAGAGGACCAGGACAUGACUAGCCAGCUGGGACUCUGGGCACGAUCCACUUUUAUUAAGAGAAGAAAAAAAGAAAUGAGAGAAAGAGAAUAGAUAUUUUUGCUAAAGAUUUAUUCAAAAACUGUCAACGCUGUUUCUGGGGGGUGAACAGGAAGGGCUGAGGUGAAUGGGAGGGACAGAGAUUGAGGAAAGGUGCUGGAUCCGAUUUGACGUGAAAGAUUCUUGGUUAUCCAAUCAGCAUUGUCCUGAAGGUGAUAAAGGAGGAAGUGGAGAUCCUAUAGCAUCAGAAUGCAGGGUUCGGCUGGAGCUGAUGUCAGAGGUUUUCUAAGAGGGGACAUAGAGGAGAGAAGCAGGACUCCUGGAGAGUAGUCGAUGUGUGUUCUGUAUGUACAUAAGAUGGGACUCUUGACCAAUUAGGCUGCUUUGGAAUCUGCACAGCAAAGGGUGGCCUCGCAUGCACGUGCCCUGGCCCCAAAGCAUCAUGGGAGCUGAGCUUAUUUUAUAACGAACAACAACGAAACUCCGUCAAAUUGUAAAACACAUCCAUGUCCUUCAGUGUGCUGCAUCCUGGGUGUGUUUGAGAGCGCCCACCAAUUAUACAUUUGAUAAGUAAACUGGCUCUUGGCUCCACCUCAAGCCCUCCUCAUUAUAGCUGGCUAUUGACUUUGCUCUAAAGACCUCUAGAACCAUCAGGCGUAAACAGUGGAGCUAUAAUUUACAGCCAACUGCUCUAAAGUAGUAGCUAUGCUGUCAAGAUCGCCAUCGUCAUAGGUGAAAAGAACUCCUGAAUCCUGAGGUUUGCCAGGUGAGGCCCCAGACUCCCACAGCAGGAUCUGAAAAGGCGGCCAUUUUAGAAAGACGCUGAGCACCCUCGAGGCUUUGAGCCACAGGAAGUGGUCAGAAGGAGUGAUUGACAGGUGUUAGGUGCCUCCCACUGACCCAGAGAGGAACUGAAGAAGAGAUGGCCCGUGUGGCUGUGAAAGGGUUUAAGGGACAGGAUCUCAUAAACCCGCCCACACCACGCCCCAAAACCAGGGAGGAGGGCCAUAACCCUGCGCACGGGCCAUGCCCAUUACCCCCUCCCCCCCUCGACUACCAAACAUGUAUUUUAGUAAAUUAAGUCUAUCUUUUUUUAUGUUCUUGGUUUUAUUGUCUUAUGAAAACAUUGCUGCGAGCAGCAAUAAAAAAUAUUAUUUAAAUUACUUUUACUGUCGGGGGGUGGGUGUGGUGGAUGAGAGAGGAAGAUUAAAAAAAAAAAAUCUUGGCAGAUGAACGUUUUAGUAUAAUUUUUUUUUUUAAGAUAAAAUUGUUUUUAUGAGUUUUGUUUUUCAUGUUUUUUGUCCUGAGUUGCCUCCGGUACACUGUUAAUGAUAACAUUUUAAUUGUCUUCCUUUUUCCCGAAGGGCGUACAAUACAAUAAAGUUAAGUCCAUGGCUUUGGUUUCUCUGUGCGUGAGAGCUGGGAUAUCCCAUGGGAUUUAGAGUUAUUCCCUCUCUCCCCCUUAAUCAACUGAGUCUGAUGCCAAACGGUUGGAACACUGCCAAUGACAGAAAGGGACAGUCAACUCAACUCUUAUCAGUACUUUUCGGGAAACAUCCAAUAAUUUACAAAACAUUUACAAUCCUGUGAUUGAAAACAAACUCUAGCAUGAGAAAAGUAUUCUACAUACAUAUGUACAUCUACAGUGCAGACUACUGCUCAGGAUCAGAAACAACAGCAGUGGUUGCCUUGAUAAUGAUCGAUAAUAGAACCGUCUACCUUUGAGUCUGGCGGUGACACUCAGGUCUGUGUCCCUCCUCCUCAGGUUAAAGUGCACUGUAAUCCUUACUCUGUGUAGUCUAUGGGAUCACAGAGAGUCGUAUACACAGUGCAGGAGUGGGCGACGGAGGGAGAGAGAGGAGGCAACUUAAUUAGCCAAGCUGGGAGGGAGGGAGAAAGCGCGUCCUAUUUAUUCUUUACACCCCUUUGUCAUUCUUCCUCCAUUCAGGCUUCAAAGAGAGAGGGACGUUUAUUGGGAAAGUUGUGUAUUUUUAUAUUGCUAGGUCUGAGCAGAAGUAACAGCAGCACAGAAGAAAUGAUCACUGCUAUAUUCAUCUGUCCCUCUGACUGUUAGUUUAGACAGGCGUGGUGACUAAUGACAAGCUCACCUCAUUCUGUCAUAGCUUCUAAAAUAUUGGUGGCAGUUGUGUGUGUUUGCAUGUAUGUGUUGUUAUAAUUAGCAACUGGUUUGGAGGAACAAGGCCCUUCACAUAGCGCUCUGAUAGAGGAAUGCUAUUGGUUUGGCCUACAUCUCCGACCCCAUCCACUUACAGAAACAAUGGGCGCAUUCUGAGCUCUCCCUUCUCACUCACACACACACACACACACACACACACACACACACACACACACACACACACACACACACACACACACACACACACACACACACACACACACACACACACACACACACACACACACACACACACACACACACACACACACGCAGAUGCCACGCAGCCUCUUACUCAGCAGCUGUACUCUAGUGAGGGUUGGUAAGUGAGGUACGGAGGGAGAGGGGGAUGGUUGGGUAUGGACACAUUUAAAACACCACACACUCAGCUUAUCUCUAACUGCCUAUUUAACCUCCAAAAUGAGACACUUUACUCAAAGGCUUCACAACUCUGCAAACAGUUAUGGAGUCCUCUCCUCUUUACUCCAACCUCUCUCUGAAAAUGGCCCCAUAUAAAAACAGAAGUGGGUUUUUGGACAGUGGCAGUGAUUUCUACCCUCACAACAGGAAAAGGGCAGGCUUCUUAUACAAACAGAGCUGUUAAAAUCCCACAGAAGCCCAGCCUAACGAUCCCUGUGGAAAUACUGACCUGAUUCCCCCCCAAAAUAUAUUCUCUAUUCUUAUUCCAUUUCCUAGCUCAGUCUACCUAUAAAUCCACCUGAAUCCAAUUCUGACAUGUCCAUUUAGUGUUCCUGUGCUGUAAGUAUUUAUUGACGAGUGUACGGGUAUAUUUAUGUUGUUGGAGAACGACGUCUAUUGUUGGACUGAAUUACAUAUUUACUGUGUUGCUAAAUGCAGAAGCACAGGAAGUGCACGCUCCUCUGCACAUAGGUAAACAUAUCCACUCCAGGGCCAGGGGUUUCUAGCCAGAGAUAAGCAUGGAUGGGGCCGUUAUCUGUCAGUGCUUUUUUUGGUAAAUAGUUUAUCUUUCUGUCUAUGAGAUAUUCUUAUUCAAUCAGUCUCUGUGCAACAGUGAAAACCUCCCCAUAAUGCCCAUGAAACAUCCUUUGUGUUACACAUAAAAGGGUCCCCAUGAUGUUUCCUGCUGUUACGAAUUAGCCCUUUGGUACCAACUCUCAGACCAUGAGGCUUUUCAGAAAUGUUCAAAAUAUUGCCAACUGUUGAAAUCACUGGAAGGUUGUUAGAGCAGAUCUCCCACUCAACUGCACAGAAACCAAAGCCUGGAAUGGUAAUAGAGCUCUUUUAUUUUCCCUGUCUUAAUUAUGGUUUUCUAUGUUGUUCUGUUGUAUUCCUCUGUCAGCAACACUCCACAGCCGCUUUCACACUUUUCAUUGACCUCAUAGAAAUAUAACAUAUAGAUAGAACACAGUUUCUUAGAUAUGACCUGCAGCAUACGUGUGUUGAAUGGAACCAUGAUAAUUUUGUUAAUUUCAAUGAUUAUGUCCAAUCCAUUCUAUGGUUGCCUCCUACAUAGCCUAUAGUACAUGACCACAGGGCACUCCAGUCACCACAGACAGUACCUUUUAUAGGGUCACCACAGACAGUACCUUUUAUAGGGUCACCACAGACAGAGUCAAUGGAUGCUGAAAUGAUCUGUGCCUUUUCAUUCCUCUCAUUGGAGCACUUUACUGUCAUCUGAUUGGUAAGUCCACACACACACUCUCUCCCUCUUCAACUGUCAGAUUCAAGUUGAAAAACAGCAUCCACACACGAACACAGUCAGAUCACCUGUAGAGAGACUCUUGUGACCACAUCAAGAAGGUUUGCAAAUAGAGGGUUUUUGAAAUGCUUGCUCUGCUCAGAUCUUCCCUCCUCUCCUAAGCCUUCAGAUACAGGAUGGUUUUCUGUGGCUCGGUGUUGCUCAGAGGUUGUAUGUACACCCUUCAAAUCCACACUUCAACCCUCAGAUCUCUGUGUGCUAGUUUCAGUGUUCUCAUCCGUUUCCAGAUGGUGAGUGUGUGUUGAGGUGUGUUCACUUAAAUCAAUGUUGUUGACAGUCUAGACUGGCUACUCUGCUGUUAGAUACCAUGUCAUCGGCCGGCUUGUGUCGGAGAGGUCACUAUGUGCUGUACCAACGAGUGUGUAUCUGAGCUGUGUGUGUGUGUGUGUGUGUGUGUGUGUGUGUGUGUGUGUGUGUGUGUGUGUGUGUGUGUGUGUGUGUGUGUGUAUAUAUAUAUAUAUAUAUAUUGGAGGUCGCUCUGUACUGUAUUGUACCUGCGCUGCCUUAAAGUAACUCCAUGAACUCAAAAAGCCUACAUUGUAUUUAUUCAUUCACCAACGACUACCCAUCACAUUCCUCCUGGUGGUCUCCAUGGCAACACACCUGGACUUUUCUCACGGGACAGACUGUCGGUUCAUCAUCAAGGCCCUCUCACCAGAAACAUGAAUAAUUGAAUAUAUCGACUGCAGGUAGUGGGAGAGGAGUUGUGAUCCCCCAGCAGUGUUCCAUGGUUCAUUCUGUCUGAUGUUUUCCCAAUAAAACGCCUCAGAAACUCAAA